AUGACCUCGUCAGAAGCCGAAAAGACAAGCAAAUACCGUGCCUAUGAGCUCAACGAUGCCGCCGAAGACGUGGAGCCGGUAGAAGAUACACAGCAAGAACCCGCUUCGCGAACGAAGGACUUCAAAGCAAGCCUAGAAAGAUUCAAGCAUGUGGACGGCACCCCGCCGGGAUCUGCUCAGGCUGGCUCCGAAUCGACUUCAGUCCACAGGAGCAAUCGAAAACGAGCGCUGGCGGAGGAUGAUGUAAAAGCCGAGACAUCGCGUCCAUCGUCAUCCAAGAAACGAAAGCGACAGUCAAGUCGCUACGCUCCGCCGUCGAAAUAUGCCCAUCUCAAGAAGCUCGACGACAUCCUGGAACCAGACCUGAUAUGCGUGUUCGUUGGCUUCAAUCCAGGCGUGAGGACCGCGACUGCCGGACAUGCCUACGCACAUCCAAGCAACCUGUUCUGGAAACUUCUUCACAGCAGUGGCUGCACGGACGAACGCCUGAGUCCCGAGCAAGAUGUUGACCUGCCUCGGCUUUACAGUAUGGGAAAUACGAACAUCGUGGAUCGACCAAGUAAGGAUGCCGCAGAACUCAGUAAAACCGAAAUGGCAGCUGGGACACCGGUCCUGGAGGAGAAGGUUCGCACUUUCAGGCCUGAGGCGGUAUGCAUUGUCGGGAAAGGCAUCUGGGAGGCGAUAUGGAGAUGGAGGUAUGGGAGACCAAUCAAGAAAGAUGAGUUCAAGUAUGGAUGGCAAGCAGAGAAGGAGAUGAUGGGAAGAACAGACGACUGGGAGGGUGCGAGAGUCUUUGUGGCGACUGCGACGAGUGGCUUGGCAGCAAGUUUAAGACCGACUGAGAAGGAGGCCAUCUGGGCGCCCUUUGGGCAGUGGGUGAAGCGAAGACGACAGGAAAGGGCAGAAAAGAAAUAG